CUCUCUCUCUCUCUCUCUCUCUCUCUUUCCCGAUAUGAACUAAAUUAACCUCACCGUUUGAAUUUUUUCCGGCGAUGUCAACGUCACAAACUCUCGGCGGUGCCACCCGUUGUGGCCGGAUCAUAGGUCCAUCAUUAGACAAGAUCAUAAAAAACGCAGCGUGGCGUAAACACACGUACCUCGUCUCCUCUUGUAAAUCCGUUCUCGACAAGCUCGAGUCUCUCCCCGACGACUUCCACGAUCCUUCCUCCGUCGUCUCCGGCCUCGCCGCCUCAGAUGCAGAUUCCGUUCUCCAACCUUUUCUCUUCUCUCUCGACACAGCUUAUUCGAAAGUCGUCGAGCCUUCUCUAGAUUGCGCUUUCAAGCUCUUCUCUCUCUCGAUCCUCCGGGGAGAGAUCCAAUCCUCUAAACAAGAUUCAAUCCUCUUCAAACUCGUCAACGCCGUCUCCAAGGUCGGUGCUAUAGCCGAGGAACCGAUUCAACUCGCUGUUCUCCGAGUUCUCCUCGCUGCUGUUAGAUCUCCAUGUGUAUUGAUCCGUGGUGAUUGCUUGUUACACGUUGUCAAGACUUGUUACAACAUUUACCUCGGUGGCUUGAGCGGCACGACACAGAUCUGUGCUAAAUCGGUGUUAGCUCAGAUGAUGCUCGUGAUCUUCACAAGAUCCGAGGAAGACUCGCUUGAUGUCUCUGUCAAAACCGUUUACGUCAACGAGCUAUUAACCUUCACGGACAAGAGUGUUAAUGAAGGAAGCUUUGUUUAUUUCUGUCAAGGGUUUGUGAAUGAAGUCAUGGCUGCAGGACAAGGAAGUCCUCUUCCUCCACCUGAUGUGAUUGAGAUUCUGUUGGCAAAUCCGGAGACUGAAACUGUUAUGACUCCGGAUUCGCCGUCGUUUCGAGGCUACGUAGCAAACGGAGAAGGUGACUCAGAGACCGGUGACAUGAGUAAGAUGAGACAGGACGCUUUUCUUCUGUUCAAGAACUUGUGUAAAUUGUCUAUGAGGUUUUCGUCUAAGGAGAACAAUGAUGAUCAGAUCAUGGUGAGGGGUAAGACUUUGUCUUUAGAGUUGCUUAAAGUCAUUAUUGACAAUGGUGGUUCUGUUUGGCGCUCUAAUGACAGCUUCAUCAAUGCCGUUAAGCAAUACUUAUGCUUAUCACUACUGAAGAACAGUGCGGUGUCAAUCAUGUCGAUAUUUCAACUGCAGUGUUCUAUCUUCAUGAGCUUGUUAUCAAAGCUUAGAUCAGUCUUGAAAGCUGAAAUAGGCAUUUUCUUUCCGAUGAUUGUUCUUCGAGUGCUUGAGAAUGUUCUUCAGCCUAGUUACUUGCAGAAGAUGACUGUUCUCAACUUGUUAGAUAAAAUGUCACAAGAUCCGCAGUUGAUUGUUGAUAUCUUUGUGAACUACGACUGCGAUGUGGAUUCUGCCAACAUACUUGAAAGGAUUGUCAACGGUCUUCUCAAAACUGCUCUAGGACCACCGACUGGAUCAUCAACAACGUUGUCCCCAGCGCAAGAUAGUACUUUCAGGAAUGAUUCUGUCAAGUGUUUGGUUAACAUAGCAAAGGCAAUGGGGAAUUGGAUGGACCAGCAGUUGAAAGUGAAUGAGACUGUUUGGCCUAAAGGCUCACAAGUUUAUGCUUCUAUGGACAGUAAUGCAGGUCAAAUUGGUGAAUUAGAAGGAACUAUAUCUGACUGUGACUCACAGCCAGAUACUACUAAUCCAGAAGCUUAUGAUGCUUCUAUGCUUCAGCAACGAAGGGCUUACAAAAUUGAACUGCAGAAAGGUAUCUCUUUGUUCAAUAGGAAACCAUCGAAAGGUAUCGAAUUUCUGAUAAGCAGCAAGAAAAUAGGCAGUUCACCUGAGGAAGUAGCUUCCUUUCUGAUGAAGACAGCAGGGUUAAAUGGAACUGUGAUUGGUGAUUACCUUGGUGAAAGAGAUGAACUUCCUCUCAAAGUAAUGCAUGCAUAUGUGGACUCGUGUAAUUUCGAAAAGAAGGAUUUUGUUGAAGCAAUAAGGUUCUUUCUACGCGGCUUUAGGCUACCGGGAGAAGCUCAAAAGAUUGACCGAAUCAUGGAGAAGUUUGCAGAACACUACUGGAAAUGCAACCCUGGUUCUUUUACUAGUGCAGACACUGCUUACGUUCUUGCUUACUCUGUGAUUAUGCUAAACACAGAUGCACAUAACAACAUGGUUAAGGAUAAGAUGACGAAAGCCGAUUUCAUCCGCAACAAUCGGGGAAUAGAUGAUGGGAAAGACUUACCUGAAGAGUACUUAGGCUCUCUAUAUGAUCGAGUUGUGAAAGAAGAAAUCAAGAUGAACUCUGAUACUUUAGCCCCACAAAACAAACAAGUGAAUGGCUUGAAUAAACUGUUAGGCUUAGACGGCAUCCUCAAUCUGGUUUCUUGGAUGCAACCAGAUGAAAAACCUCAUGGUGCCAAUGGACGUCUUAUAAGGGAUAUUCAGGAACAGUUCCAAGCAAAGCCAGAGAAAUCAGAGUCAGUGUAUCAUACUGUUACAGAUAUUUCGAUCUUGAGAUUCAUACUAGAGGUCUCUUGGGGACCAAUGCUUGCUGCAUUUAGUGUCACUCUUGACAAGAGUGAUGAUAGACUAGCAACUUCUCUUUGCUUACAAGGCUUCAGAUAUGCGGUUCACGUCACUGCAGUUAUGGGAAUGCAAACUCAGAGAGAUGCUUUUGUAACUUCCAUGGCCAAGUUCACUAAUCUCCAUUGUGCUGCAGAUAUGAAGCAGAAAAAUGUUGAUGCUGUAAAAGCGAUAAUAACAAUAGCCAUAGAAGAUGGUAACCAUCUACAUGGUUCUUGGGAUCAUAUAUUAACUUGCCUUUCUCGUAUAGAACAUCUGCAACUCCUAGGAGAAGUAUCACCAUCAGAGGCACGUUACGUCCCAACCAAAAAAGCUGAGGUAGACGAGAAGAAAGCUCUAGGUUUUCCGAAUUUAAAGAAACGUGGAUCUUUUCAGAAUCCAUCUGUUAUGGCUGUUGUUAGGGGAGGUUCUUAUGAUAGUACUUCACUUGUGAAAAGUGUUCCCAAACUAGUCACUCCGGAGCAGAUCAAAAGCUUCAUUGCAAAUUUGAAUCUACUUGAUCAAAUAGGCAAUUUUGAGUUGAACCAUGUAUAUGCUAAUAGCCAAAGGUUGAACAGUGAAGCUAUAGUUUCUUUUGUGAAAGCUCUCUGCAAAGUCUCCAUGUCAGAACUUCAGUCACCAACAGAUCCUCGUGUCUUCAGCCUCACGAAACUAGUGGAAACAGCGUAAACUUCCAA